AUGACUACUUCAACGACACAAGAGUCUAAGGAAAAAACAAGAGAAAUUUUUACAUGCUCUUUCUGCACUUUACAAGAGUAUUUUGAUUUCAAAGGUUCAAAACCUCCUUUCGCACGACAUAUUACUUAUUUAGAAGAAUGCUAUGUUAUGAAAGAUCCUUUCGAUUUAACUGCUAAAGAUGUUCUAGUUAUCGGAGGAGAUUGUAAUAUUUGCAAAAAGCCAGUGUGUCUAGGGUGCAGUGUAUUCUUUGCUAAAAGAUUUUGUCAAACUUGUGCUGCAAAGAAUUCAGAUAAAUUACCAUUACAAAUUCUCUCGAAAAUCAAAAUAUAA